AUGUCAAGUCAAUUGUUGUGGUCUCUUGUUCAAGUUCUUUCCAACAACGACUUUCCGAAAACAACAACAAGCCACAACCAACAACGCAUUCCCUUCUGGUUGAAAAAUCACUCUUUGAAACCACGUUCACAUGAUACUAAGAAUAUUGUUUGGGAGAUGAUCGAGUGUGAUCAGAAGAACAUCACAAUUUUACAGAGAUCAUGUGGUCAUUCGUGCACUGAAAUUAUUUCAUCAUCACCAUCUGAAAAUUCUUCUACAACACUCUUCUUGUUAUUUGGUGGAAGCCAUGAAGAAAUUGUGAACGGUGUGAUCAAGUAUAAUGUGUUGAAUGAUCUCUAUUUGUUAGAGUUGACAGAAAAUGAAUUUACCACAUGUUGUAAAUAUAUUUUAAUGAAGAAUGAUGGGAAUGAAUAUAAUAAUAAUUAUUAUCAUGUACAACAGCAACAACAAUAUGCGAAUAUCACACCAAAAGGUCGUCAAUUUCAUUCUUCUUGUUAUGAUGCUCAUAGACACUUGUUGUUUGUUUUUGGAGGUAAAAGUGGAAUGGAAUGUUUGAAUGAUUUGGCUGUGUUUGAUGUCAAAACUUCCCAAUGGAUUGCAUGUAUUAAUUAUGAAACAUGGGCAAAUGAUACCAUCACGGUUGUUCCACAGGCACGAUACGGACAUGCUUGUGUGUUAUUUGGAGAUUGGUUGAUUAUUCAUGGUGGAAAGAAUGAAAAUGGAAUGUUAUUGAAUGAUUUAUAUGCUCUAGAUUUGAAUAGUGGUAUUUGGAUUAAUCUUGAACCGUAUUUGAUUGUUACACAGACCUGCUCCUCCACCUUCACUUCAGAGGAAACAACUUCAUCACUAUUGAGUGGACGAUGCUUUUUCACAAUGAAUGUUAUACGAGAGACUUGUAAUGAAAUUGAUUUGUGGAUUGCUGGAGGUUUGAGGAGCUCCUCCUUUCGUGUCAUUCACAACCCCACAGAUUUAUUGGACUCUACAUUUUGUAAAUUGACCAUUAUUCGAAAUCAUAAGGCAGAAGGGAGCAGCCAAUGUGUAGUCCUUGUAAAUGAUGUGAAUUCUACGUCCAUGGAUAUUGGUAUGGAAAAGAGAUGGGAUAAAUUUGGUCAUUGCAGUGUAUUCAGGGAAGACAAAUUGUUACUCGUUGGAGGAAUGGAUUCCACCACCAUGCCUUUCAACGUUCAACCAAAUUUGGUUCAAGAUUCAUGGAUCUUUGAUAAUACUUGCAUUGAAUUGGAUAUGAACAGUGGAGACAUUCAAUACUAUCAAUAUUCAAGUGUUCCAACUGUGGACUGUGUAUUUCUUUCAUUACAUGUUUCAUCAUCCAAGAGCAUCCAUAGUAAUGUCAUGACCAAUCCUUUUGCAUUUCAUGAUGGAUUUAGUUUUGCUACCUUACUACAUGACAGCACUUUAACUUGUUACAUUGUAGGUGGAUUUCAAUCAUUCACUCAUCAUCAGGACGACACGAUCGAUGAACAACAAACAAAUCAACCAUUAAGAAUCUGUACACAUAUUCUCAAGAGUUUCAAAAAGGUUCUAUACAUGCUCAGGCUCAGAUUUUAUUUGGAAAUUAUUUUUGAAUAUUGGUUUCCAGAGUUGCGUCAUGUCACUUUCAAUUUUAAACAGAAUUUUCUUCAAGAAUUAUCGAAACGUGCCAAAACUGAUAAUAGUCAAUAUUCAAGUACAUGGCCACAAAUCAUGAAAAAUAAUAAGGAAAACACAACCAAGCUCUUGACCAUGACCGAUGUGAUGCAUGUUCAUUCUUCAUGUACAUUACCAAAAACCAUUUCAUUCUUUUGUGAAUGGAAGGCAUUACAUGUUGGAAUCAUUGCGGCUUUCAAUGUACGAACCAAAGAGUUUAUAUCUAGACUUGUAUAUGGCAGUAAGGGUCAUUUACUUGAGGGAUAUCAUUACUUUUUCAUUGAAAAUGUCAUGUAUGCCAUUGAUUUUACGGAUCGCAGUCAUGACAAUGAGUGUGAUAUUUAUUUAAUUUGUUUUGACUUGACCAAUAUAGGUACAUGGAAAUCGAUAAGCUCUCCAUUCGACUUGAAAUGUACAAAGCCUCAAAUCCUUAUUGGUCUGGAAGAAGAUAAGCAUUCUCUCGUGUAUUUAUCAAAGAAGGGCUCAAAAACUAAAGCUCGACGACUUGACGGAGUGUGCAGUGAUGAAGCACAACUGGCAGCCAAGAAUCAACCACAUAUUUAUUCAUACUUGGAAGUGUCCACAAAUUGUGGCUAUGGAUUCCAUCAAUUGUUGGAGUUUGUGGUCAAAGUGGAGAGUCAUGUCAAGACGAACACCAAAAAGGAAAUGAUUUAA